CGCUCCUCGUCCAGUGUGCCUUUCACCCGAGAACUGACAGCAAAGCUCAAUGCAAAUGUGCUUAUAAGGAUCUUUCUCGCUCGCUCCCUUGCAACUAACUGGAUUUUUUUGUUUGUUUGUUUGUUUGUUUUAAAAAUGGGACUAUUUGACGCCCUAAGAGAUUUUAGUUUAUUGACGUGGCUAAGAGAAGAAAGACAGUCUCGGAGGCUCAUUCUGUUGAUCGUUUUUAUAGCUUUGCUGUUGGACAACAUGCUUUUGACAGUGGUCGUGCCUAUUAUUCCCAGCUACCUGUACUCAGUGGACGACGAGGCAUCCCAGGCAGCCCAAAAUCAUUCCAUCUCCUCUCUUUCCCCAUCCGGCACCUUUCAGAGUAUUGUGUCUUUGUAUGAUAACUCUACACGUCUGACUGGCCUCAGUCCCCAGAUGAGCAUGGCUGGCUCGUUGACCCCGGCCUCUCCUUCUGCAACCCCCCCUCAAAACCAUUCUGAUUGUCCCAAAGCAGACAAGCAGCUUCUGAAUGAGAACGUGAAAGUGGGUCUGUUGUUUGCCUCAAAAGCAACAGUACAGCUCAUCACUAACCCCUUCAUUGGACCCCUCACUAACAGAAUUGGCUAUCAGAUCCCAAUGUUUGCCGGUUUCUGCAUCAUGUUUGCUUCUACCAUCAUGUUUGCGUUUUCAUCGAGCUAUACGUUGCUGUUUUUGGCCAGAUCUCUACAGGGUGUUGGCUCGUCCUGUUCUUCUGUGGCAGGUAUGGGGAUGCUGGCGAGCGUUUACACAGAUGAUGAAGAAAGAGGAAAUGCUAUAGGGAUUGCCCUGGGAGGACUAGCAAUGGGAGUUUUGGUUGGCCCUCCAUUUGGCAGUGUCAUGUAUGAGUUUGUUGAUAAGACAGCUCCUUUCCUUAUCCUGGCAGUGCUUGCUGUGCUUGAUGGAGCUCUGCAGUUGUUUGUGCUUCAGCCUUCGAAGGUUGAACCAGAAAGCCAGAAAGGGACUUCACUAAUGACUCUCAUGAAAGAUCCAUACAUCCUCAUUGCAGCAGGUUCCAUUUGUUUUGCUAACAUGGCCAUUGCAAUGCUGGAGCCAGCUCUGCCCAUCUGGAUGAUGGAGACAAUGUGCCCCAGAAAAUGGCAGCUAGGGGUUGCAUUCGUGCCAGCCAGUGUCUCAUAUCUUAUAGGGACCAACAUCUUUGCCAUUCUGGCUCACAAAAUGGGGAGAUGGCUGUGCUCACUUAUAGGGAUGCUGCUGGUUGGGUUCAGCAUUCUUUGUGUACCUCUUGCAAAAGAUAUAUACGGACUCAUUGUGCCAAACUUUGGAGUUGGAUUUGCAAUUGGUAUGGUGGACUCUUCGAUGAUGCCGAUUAUGGGCUAUCUAGUAGAUCUGAGACACGUAUCUGUGUACGGUAGUGUGUAUGCCAUCGCUGAUGUUGCCUUCUGCAUGGGCUUUGCAUUAGGACCAUCAGCAGGUGGAGCGAUCGCUCGGAGCUUCGGCUUCCCUUGGCUCAUGACCAUCAUUGGUGUGGUGGACAUCCUGUUUGCUCCUCUCUGUUUCUUCCUGAGAAAUCCUCCCGCCAAUGAGGAAAAGAUGGCCAUUUUGAUGGACUCUAACUGCUCGAUGAGGACACGUUCCUACUCCACUCAGGGCUCCAGCUACCAAAUGGGUGACGAUCUGGAUCCAGAGAGCCCUGAAUAGGCCACAUCACUGUCCUCGGCCAUGUAUGUCAUCCGGAGUAUCUAUUUUGUUGUAUGAAAGAGCAAAGCGACAGACUUUAAAGAAAACCAUAAUGCUGAUUUGUGAGAAUGUCCCAUAUCUGUCCCACGCUGUCCUGUGGUCGUGAUGGUUCAACCGAAGCGAACCAAAGUUGUUCUUGUUGCUGUUUGUUCUCAUUGUUAGAGAGGUGAAAUAUAUAACCAACAGCCUUAUCAGUAUGGAUAACACUUGCAUGCGAUUUAGCAGAAGUGUUCGAGAGAGGAUAAAGGGAAAACAUACACAUUUAUCCAGUAUAACAAUGUUCAUAUUUUCUAAUCAAAAGUCACUUCUAGGUGCACAGGUCAGAAAAAGGGCAGUUGAUAAGAUAAACAAUGGAGGAUUCAGAUAUUAAUUGGUUUCAUUCAAUAUGACUCAGUGGACAGAUAUGUAUUGGAUAUUUAUUGUAUGUCUGUGGUGGUAGGAAAAAGUGUGGUCUUCAUAUACAUAUCUAUUGGUCCUGUUGAAGUCUUUACAUAGGCGUAAAUGUCAGUUAAGGUGCAUUUGAGUUAGAUGGAUCACAACUCACCUUGAAAUGGGCCUUAAAAUGUUUUCAUCUAUAUCACAAUCAGGUGUGAAUUAACAGAGUUAAUUGUUAUAUGGACAUUUAAGGCAAAUUACUUACAAGAUAUUUACACAAAUUAUUUGAUUGCAUUGAUGCUUGUGUUUCAAUUUUGAGCAGACAAACUGAGAUGUUGAUUUUGUUAUCUUGCACUGGCGUGCAGGACCUAAGCUUAACACAUUCAAAAAUAUAGGCUACGUGUUUUUUUGUUUUGUUGUUGUUGUUUUUUGUGAAAAUGCAAAAGGUGUGACAGCAUUAGAUAAUCAAGCAGAGUGUCACCUGUCAACAAGUCCUACUGUCUUUGGAAAUCUGUUCUAUAUGUGUGACUUGUGUGGUGUGAACUGAACAUAAUGUACUGUACUAUUAACAAUGAGCCACACCUACAUUUUGAUUAUACAUGGUGACAUAACAUUCACUUUUGUUAAAUGAAGUAAAUUAUUACUGUAAAGUAUUCAGAUUUCUUAGGUACUUUAGAUUAUAUUUUGCUUUUAAAGUGUAUAUAGUAUAUAUAUAUAUUUUAGUAAGUCAUUUGAAUGUGCUGGAAUGCUAAUAUCUUUAUUUGUAAAGGAUGCCUCAAUAUUGUGCUUUCCCAAUGUCAUUUUCAUUUAUAUUUUUUCUGUUAUUUUGCUUCUAGCAAAUGUGUUAUCGAUGAUUGUUUGGCUGUAAAAUGAAUCAUGGACUUUAAGGAAUAUUCCAGGUUCAAUACAAGUUAAGAUCAAUCAACAGCAUUUGUGGCAUAAUGUUGAUUACCACAAAAAUAAUUUUGACUCGACCCUCCUUUUCUUAAAAAAUAAAUAAAAAAGCAAAAAUCAAGGUUACAGUGAGACACUUACAAAGGAAGUGAAUUGGGCCAUUUUUUUGGAGGGUUUAAAGGCAGAAAUUAGAAUUGUAUAAACUAUAAGCUUACAUUAAUUCUUCUGUGAAAAUCUGUGUAUUGUUUGAGCUGUAAAUUGUUGGUUUAGGGCAGGGUUUCCGUUGUCCGGUAAUUACCGGACAUUGGCCGGUAAAAAAAAAUUAAAUGUCCGACAAAAUUAAAUCUCUCCGGUCAAAUUGUCCGAUUAAAAUUGCCUAAUAAUCCCGUCCCCCUAACACAAUCUGAAUUUGAGAAUAAGCCUAAAAUGUAUAAAGCAAAAAUACACCGAUCUCUUGCUAUGUUAUAAAGGAACAGGCUCUAUCGUUUGAAAGUUAUGAAACAACAUGACAUGCUGCAUUUCAAAUAAAGUGCACGCCUAAAACGGCUGCAAUAUAGACCUAAACAACGAACAAUUGAGUGAGACGUUUCAAAUAUGGCCAGGCCCAGGCAGACUAGCUUUAAAAGCUUUUUUCAGAGGCCAGACGAUGGUGAAUCAGGAACAUCUCAUUAUAGAUAGAUCAGUGCUUCUAAUCCGCGCAUUCGUGCAGUUUUUUUUUCUCUAUCAUCAAAACUGAAUAGCCUAUGUUCAUCAGUGCAUGGUUACAGUCUAUAUCAAGCAGGGACACGUUUGUGUGCAUUUUAUUUUGUGAUUUCACCGGAAUUAAUAGAGAGUCUCCGCAACGGCGAUUGAAACGCGCGUCCUAGUGAAGAUUGCGCAACUCGCGCAGCGCGUCGUCCAUGCAACUGAUAGCAGCGGACACGAGCGCUCGCUUGAUUUCAAAAACAACAGAUUAUAGCGCUAGAUCUCUUAUUUAAUAACGGACUAAAUGAAUGAUCUGCUAGUUACCUGGAGAUGUUUUAUUUAUUUGUAUUAGGUACAUCCGUGCCUCAAUGUUUCAAAAAGUGAAUGUGUGUGAAACCACAGUAAAAAACAAUUGGCGUUGAUUGACGCCAAUCGGACGUUCAUGUUUUUUUUUUUCGUCUAUUUGAAAUUUAAGCUAAUAAUAAUAUGUUGCAUUCUAUACGGCCUGAUUAUGUCAUUUUUUAAGUUACAUAGACUGCCUCCAGUUUUCCUCAACUUGACUAAUUAAGAGGCGAUAUAUUUGACCGGCAUAUCAUCAAAAUGUCCGUAAAACGAAACCGGCACCAUUUUUUUCUAGCGGAAACUCUGGUUUAGGGUUUACAGAGUAAUGUCACCAUGGCAACGAAGUUACUUACAACACAGAAAGGUUUAGAAAGGGAUUUUAUUACACUAAGAUCAUGUAACACAAAAUUUGUUAAUGUCUUGUGGCUUUACCUUUGAAAAUGUGAGUAUUUUAACAUUUACAGAUUGGCCCGCAUUCACUUCCAUUCUAAGUGCCUCACUGGAACACAGAUUUUUGAACUUUUUACCUCCUGAGACCCUAGCAUUUUCCAUUUCCCCUUUUGAUUUGUAACUAUUAGCACCUAAUAAACAAGCAAAAAAAAAAAAAAA